UCGUCUAAAGUUGAGUAUUUAUAGCUUUAUCGGCUGGAGGGGAAAAGUCAAUUGGCUCAGCUAGCAUUUGAUCGUGCAAGAAGUAUUGAUCCUUCACUUUCAUUGCCAUGGGCAGGCAUGUCAGCUGAUGCUGCUGCAAGGAAUCUGAAACCAGACGAGGCUUACGAGUGCUGUCUUCGGGCGGUUCAGAUCUUUCCACUUGCAGAAUUCCAAACUGGUCUAGUUAAGCUUGCUCUGCAGUCUGGUUAUCUGCAAUCUCCAGAGGCAUUUGGAGCCAUCCAGCAGGCUUUGCAGCGUGCACCUCAGUAUCCUGAAUCUCACAAUCUGAAAGGGCUAGUUUGUGAGGCACGAGGUGAUUAUGAAAGUGCUGUUGCCUCGUAUAGACUGGCACGCCUUGCUGCCAGAGUUUUUGCAGGAAGAGUUUCAAAAUCGUAUCCAGCAGAUAUAUCUAUUAAUUUGACCAGGUCGCUCUGUAUGGCAGGAAAUGCUGAUGCAGCUAUCCAAGAAUGUAAAUAUUUGGAAAACAAAGGUCUUCUGGAUGUAGAAGGUUUGCAGCUUUAUGCGCUUUCUUAUUGGAAACUUGGCAAGUAUGACCUUGCUCUUUCAGUGGCAAAAAGGCUCGCCUCAUCUGCUUUACCAACAGAACAUUCAUUGGCUGCUGCCUCCAUCAGUUUCAUCUGUAGAUUAGUGUAUCAUAUGUUAGGGCAGGAAUUAGCUAUUAGAAACAUUUUGCAACUACCCAGAAGAGCCUUCGAGAGUUCACAAGUUAGGCUUGUAGCAUCUGCUAUUCAUGCAUUAGAUGAAAGUCAUCAGCUUGACUCAGUUGUUUCAAGUGUUCGUGAGUCUCUUUCAUCUAGCAAAGAGAUUGCUGCACUGGAUUUCCUAGCCACACUUGGCUUACUAGUCAAACAUGGAUCUAACGACUGCUUAGGAGUUCAGAAGGGAGUCAAUUAUCUAAGAAGAGCUCUUCAUGUUUCUCCAAACAGUAAUUUGAUAAGGUGGUCACCUGAGCAGCUGCAUUUUCAUGUUCUCCCACUCUGUGCAUGAACUAGUGAAUUGUGAUUGUUCGUAGCGCUUCACGUUAAUGUUUUUUC